CAUGAUCCAGAAUGCCAGAUCGACCGACAUGCUGACCGUACUUAGUAGUAGAAGGAAACAAGGACGGUUGCAGUCGUGGCAAACAAAUCAAACGGUUGCAUCCUUUGUCCGACGUGACUUUUCCAGUCCGCGAUUGGCUGCUUUGGAUGCCGCACGUCGAUGACGACAGAAUCGAGGUCAGCAUGACGAACGUCUCUCCUUUCAUAUCUAUUGACACUUAUCUCUUUUCACCCGUCAAGAUCUUGAUUUUAGUCCCAACAUUGCGGGUGCUGUCACUUUAACUAAGCUUAUCGGAUACUAAACCUUGAAUAUACUUCAAGAUGAUCGAUCCACCCGCCGAGAUGAUCGACUUCUUCGAUACCUUCAAGACGAAGCCGCUGCCCGUGCCCACGACUACCCCGACGUCGGUUGCUCCUGUGCCCACCGUCCUCCCUGGCCAUGAUGCUAUUUUCCAAGAAUUGUCCAAGACCAGCCAACGGACGCUAUGGGUGGUCGUCGUGCUCAUGGCCAUAUCCGCUAUCGUCUUCUACAUCCUCGCCUCCCGAGCACCCCUGACCAAGCGAGUCAUCCACAACCUAAUCGCCAUCUCCACGACAAUCUCCUUCAUCACUUACCUCGCCCUCGCAACUGGCGAAGGCAUAACCUACAAACAUGACAUCUUGACAAUCCACAAUAAGCACGUCCCCAACACGCAUCACGAUGUCUAUCGUCAGGUCCUCUGGCUGCGGUACCUCAAUUGGUUCCUGACAAACCCCCUGGCCCUCAUCAACCUUGCUCUCCUGUCCGGUCUUCCCGGUGCCCAUCUCCUCGUCGCCAUCGUCGCCGACUGGGUGAUGCUUGGCACCGGCCUCUUGGGCACCUAUGCCGGCCACACCCCCCGCAGAUGGGUCUGGUUCACCAUCAGCGCCAUCGGCUACCUCACGACUGUGUAUCACAUUGGUGUGAACGGGGGCCGCUCGGCGGUGAACAAGGACGCCCAAACGAAGAGGUUCUUCGGUACUGUUUCGGGUGUGUCGCUUGUGAUUAAGGCUUUGUUCCCUGUCGCCAUCGCAGCCGGCGCUCUAGCCCUCAAAAUCAACAUCGACGCCGAGACCAUCAUUUUCGCUAUCCAUGAUAUCUUCCUACAGGGUAUUAUCGGCUACUGGCUGAUUUUCGCACAUGAUGCGGCACCCGGAAUUACCCUCUCGGUUGACGGUUUCUGGUCCCAUGGAUACGGCAACGAGGGUGCCAUUCGCAUCACAGAAGAGGAGGGCGCGUAAAGCGAUAACUUCAUGCCUCCUGGUACAAGGACAAUCCGAUUCGCGCUUGAACUGGGGGAGAUCGUGUUUCGUGAGAAUGGCUGGAGGACGGAAGCGAUAUGACGUCAUACUGAUGUUGCACUACAUGAGAAUGAACGAAUGAUGGAAAAGUGGAUUAGUUGACGACACUCGUUACGAUGCUGUUAUUUCGGGUUGAUUUAUUGUACAGAAUCUGGGUCUGGUUUCUGUUUCUACUGAGUUGGCGCGGCUGAUCUUCGUGUGAAUGUGAUGGAAUAGGCUAUAAUAAUAUUAAUAAAUGAACGGGUAUUCUGGUAUUCAUUUUACCUAGAAGCUCUUCAGAUCAAAAGAUCUAGUGUCCACAUUAGAUUUCAGUACAGAGUAGAACAGUUUAAACUGUCCCACAAGUUCCAUAUUCCCAUAUUCCCCAUACCCCAGAUCCAC